GAUAUUCAUAGUGCAGUCACUGAAGAGAAUCUGAAACGAUAUCGUUUCAAAAGAGUUCCCUUUGGGGUGAUUUCCUCGCCUUUUUUACUAUCUGCGACGCUCAAUCAUCACCUCGAAAUCAAUGGAAUCAAACUUGCACUAGAAAUUAGGAAGAAUCUCUAUGUGGAUAACAUCAUAUUAUCAGCCAUGAACACAGAAGAAGCCUUACGGAAAUAUGAAGAAACAAAAUCCAUUUUUGGCGAUGCUGCAAUGAAUAUUCGAGAAUUCCUGUUAACUGACGAAAACUUCAACACCAAAAUUGCCGAACAAGAUCGAGCAAACAUGGAGGAGCUUCCGCAAUUCGUAACAGACUAUUCAAGCCAAAUUCAAUCCAGUGUAGCAUAUCCUGCAGCAGUAUAUCUCCGAAGUCAUAGAAGUCAAGGAAUAGAAACACUUUUAGUCUUUGCUAAAUCUCGUAUCACGCCAAUUAAAGGAAUGACCAUACCUCGACUAGAAUUAUUAGCGAUACUCAUAGGGGUGCGAGCAGCACGUUUCGUCAUCAAGCAAUUGAAAUUAGAAACCACGGCGGUAACUUUAUGGUCCGAUUCCAAGUGUGCUAUUCACCGGAUUCAAAACUAUUCCAAACUUCUAUCACGAUUCGUACAAAAACCGCGUCGAGGAAAUAUAGGAAGCAAAAUUUUUAUUCCGAUACAUUCCAAGUGA